AUUGUGGUUCUCUUAGACAGUGGUGAAAUGAGUGUAUUUUGUUAGAGUUUCUUUGACAGUUCAAAAAUGAAGUUUGAAUCGGUUUUGCUCUUUGUCAAGACUGCAAUUAUUAUUUUCAAAGGAUACAGAGGUGAAGAGUUUAUUUACUGCGAAUCUUACAAUGCGGCUACUUGCGACAAAUCAAACAAGAAAGAUUGUUUCACGCAAGAAAAAUGUGGAUCGAUUACGUCGGAUCAACAUAAUCAUUGUUUUACUCUUUGGGAAUAUAAUUUUGGUACAGAUAUUUCGGAGGUGCAGAUGAAGGGUUGUUUUUUGAACAAUAAAGAUUGUUACGAGAAAUCUCAUUGCGUCGUGAAAAAUAAAGAAAGUACUAAGCAGCUUUAUUUUUGCUGCUGCAACGGCCAGAUGUGUAAUAAAAAUAUUACUUAUACCAAUAUGAUAAUUAAAAAGCAAGAUACAAUUUCUAUCAACGAUAAAAAAAAGAUAAUUAAAGUUUUCUUGACAGAGAGCCAAUUUCAAAUUCUCGUACCAAUGCUGGCCACUUUAUUCUUUUUAAUCGUAGUUGUUAUCGUUAUCAGUUGUUUACUCUAUCAGCGAAGUAAAUUGGAUAAAAUCAAGGUGUCAAAAUCAGAGUUCGACCAAAAUCAAAUUCAGUUGCCAACAAUCGUCACACAAGACCCAUCCUUACGACAAUUAGAACACGAGAACGAGACUUCCGAUCAAUCUGAAAUCAAGCUAUCAAAUGUUUUGACGAUAACUACCAAGUUGAUCAAGAAAAAAGCAUCGGGACGAUUCGGUGCAAUUUGGACGGGGCAGCGUAGCAACGGUGAGAUAGUUGCAGUAAAAGUAUUUUCGCUGUCUGAAAAAUAUGCAUGGCACGCCGAGCUCACAGUUUUCCGUUUACCUGGAAUGGAUCACGAGAAUCUAUUGCAAUUCAUUGGUGCUUGUCAUGUCGGAGACUCUCUCAAAUCGGAAUUCUGGUUGCUUACUGAAUACUGCGAGAAAGGAUCGCUUUACGAUUAUUUAAGGGAGAACACUGUCACAUGGGAGGAGCUAACUAAUAUUACACUAUGCAUUGUGAGAGGUUUGAAACACUUACACGAAGAGCAACGUGAUCCUAUUGGCAAUCAUAAACCAGUCGUUGCUCAUCGCGACUUCAAAUCCAAAAAUGUCCUUAUAACAGGAAGCAACCCAAUACGCGUGUGUAUUGGCGAUUUCAAUAUGGCCUUGGUGAUCGAAAAUGAUGGUAGUUGUGUUAGUCGAUGUGGGCGAGUAGGCACUCUGCGUUAUAUGGCCCCAGAGAUUCUUGAUGGAGCUAUCAACUUCACGAAAAAUGCCAUUCUGUCGAUCGAUAUGUAUGCAUUUGCACUUGUACUUUGGGAACUUAUGUCGAGAUGCGUAAUCGACGAGAAUCCGGUCUCUGAUUAUCAAUUGCCAUUUCAAACCGAAGUAGGUUUGAUGCCUAAAUUAUCGGAAAUGCAGGACUGUGUUGUAUGUAAACGGCUCAGACCUCGAAUAAACGAAAUUUGGAGCAGCCGUUCAGAUCUUGCUGUCAUUCGUAAUAUUGUCGAAGAGUGUUGGGACCAUGACCCUGAUGGGCGUAUUUCUUCUUCAACAGCGAUGGAAAGAAUAACUGAUUUAAUAACAAAUAAUUUCUAAAUUAUUUCUUUGAUUAAAAAUGUUCAUGAUUUGACUUUGUGCAUAUACGUAUAAUAGCGUUAAUUCUUGUAAAUAGUAGAUGCUUCUAAUAUACA